AUGGGCAGCGUAACGACUCCGACAGCACCCACGACCGGCGAAGGCAUCAGCACCGAUCCUACUCAGCGACGCUUCCGAGGCGCGGCCAAGUUCACCGAAUAUGACCAGUUCCCAGAGAAGCUUGGGGAGGGCACCUUCGGCAUUGUCUCCAAAGCGCGGUCGAAGCGCACUGGCAACAUCGUGGCCCUGAAGAAGAUCCUGAUGCACAACGAGAAGGAAGGGUUUCCCAUUACUGCUCUGCGGGAGGUCAAACUGCUCAAGAUGCUGAGCCAUCCGAAUGUCUUGCAUUUGGAGGAGAUGGCGGUAGAGCGGUUGCAAUCUGAUGGCAAGUCGACUGGCGGGAAGAAGCGUGCAACACUCUACAUGGUCAUGCCGUACAUGGACCAUGAUCUGAGCGGCAUGUUGACGAACCCGGACAUUCGAUUUUCCGAGGCACAGGUCAAGUGUUACAUGCUGCAGCUGCUGGAAGGUCUACGCUACCUGCACGACUCGCACAUUCUACAUCGCGACAUGAAGGCAGCGAACCUGCUAAUCUCCAAUCGCGGCCUGCUGCAGAUUGCAGAUUUUGGACUUGCACGGCAUUACGAGGGUCAGACACCGCAGGCUGGGCGCGGCAACGGGGAUGCAGUGAGAGACUACACUAGCUUAGUGGUGACGAGGUGGUAUCGGCCGCCGGAGCUCUUGCUUACGCUGAGGCGAUAUACGCCCGCGAUUGACAUGUGGGGUGUCGGCUGCGUAUUUGGCGAAAUGUUCGAGCGCAAGCCCAUCCUUGAAGGCAAGAGUGACACCGACCAGUGUCACCGGAUUUUCCAGCUCGUUGGCUCUCCCAAUGACAGCACAAUGCCCGGCUGGUCUGAGCUGCCGGGUUGCGAAGGCACGAAGGACUUUCCAUUCCAGCAAGGCGACAUUGAGAAGCGCUUUGGACCGCGUGUUGGACCCAAGGGCAUAGAUCUGCUGAAACAGCUGCUAUGUCUGGACUGGCGGAAGCGCAUCAACGCCAUCGACGCUCUGCAGCACGAAUACUUCACCACCGCGCCUUUGCCCAGCCGGCCUGAAGAUCUGCCCAAGUACGAAGACAGCCAUGAACUCGACUCAAGAAGACGAGGCCACGAGAAGCAACGGGCUCAAAUUCCGCCUGCCCCUGCUGGUGGUACAGUCGGCAUGGGCCCGGACGAGUGGGGUGGCUCAGGUCCUGUCGGUAACUAUGGGUACGGUGGCGAACGUCCGCCGCGUCGCGACCGCGGUCCCCCACCCCGAAGCUACGACGAUCGGAGCAGAGGUCCACCACCAGCUUCUGAUGCACGACAGCCGGCCUGGCGACAAGAUCAACAGCGCGGCAGAGGAGGAGGACCACCGGUUCCCGGGCCAAAUGCCGCCAAUCUCCCGCCUCGUCCUGACGUCCCUGCACGUCCUGUUCAGCCUCCUGGUGGCAGAGACAGAGGCGGAGCUGGCGGUGUGGACACUUACAUUCCCUCCUACUCUUCUGCCAACCCGAGCGAUCGCGAUCGCCCUCCAGGCCAGUCAUACGACCGCAGCCGGCGUGGCAGUCGUGACGGCCCUUCGUAUCGCGAUCCAGAUGCGCCGCCUCCCCUUUCGCAAAAUGGAAGGGAGAGGGGAGCGUACCGGGACCCGGAUGCGCCGAGACCUCCGCCUAGAGACCGUGAGUGGGAUGGAUAUCGGGAUCGAGACAGAGGAGGUGGGUAUGGAGAUCAGCGGCGGACGAGGAGUCGUAGCCCUGGUAGGUAUAGGGACGCCGAUAGAAGGCAUGGGGGUGGCGAGAGGGAGCGGGAUCGGGACCGGGUGGAGAGGUUGCAGAACAGAGAGAGAGACCAUUACGAUCGGAGGUGA